CGCACAAUCACCGCUGCAGCCGCCACCUUUUUAAUAAAGAAGAACACAGCAGCAAAGAAUGCAUGCACCACGUAAGAGAGAGGAUCUCUGCUGAUGCUGAUUGCCCGAUUGCUGAUAACAAAUACACAGGGUAAAUAGCAAUCGCCCACCGAAAAAAAAACCCGUAUAAAAAACGCGUCCACGACAAAAAGCUACCCUUGCAAUGGCCCAAUGCACCUCAACUGCCGCCCCUCUUGCGUGCGGCGCCUGUAGCAGCAUCUCCUCAAGCUCACUGUUUCCAAUGCUCUGCCAAAGGAGAAAGGAAAACCACUAGCACCGUCAACCCAUGUCUGCCAACCCCUGCGACUCAGCACAAUGUCACGCUGGGCCCGUCCCGCCUCCCCGGCCGAGUCUCGAAAGCGCUAUCGAAACAAAAGAGUGGGCUUCUACCGCUACAGAGGCCCUCUUUUUUCUCAUGGCUCUUGAUGCUCAACUACAGUACAGUAGCAUAGCAGAAGAAUAUAGCUGCAGAAUAGAAAAAAGGGGACUCCGGGAUGCCCAGCCGGUAGCAGACGCAGCGGGGCCGCCACGAGGUCGUGCAGCGGACCACGACUAGCCCGAACGGUGACCAACAGGGGGCUUUCCUUACUCUGGAAUAGCUCUUGGACGGGCACUAACACGCUUCGUCUCUCGCGCAUUCAGAAUGCUUCUCGUGCUCGCCGUCGGUGCAACUCUCCUGUUCUGCCCCUCUCACACCCCUGGCUUCGACCAUACCCGUCGACAUGGGCUUGAGGGGCUAUCGAACGUGGGAUCGGCUCUUAGCCUGGUCAAUAGUAGCGUGUCACUGCUUCUAUCCUGCAGGCAUUUGCUAGCGAAACAGAGCUGCUCCUGCAUGGCCUUCUUUUUCUUCUUUUCUUCAUGCCAUCCCCCCGCCCUCUCACUCUUCUUACUCUCUUCUCCCCCUUCUUGCAUGCGUGGCGUCUCAACUCUAUCUUGCAUAUGGGAAGCGUCUCGUUUCUUUUUUCUCUCUUUUCCAAUCGUCUCUCGUUGAUCCUUUCUCGCCUUUCUUUUUCUUUUUGAUACCCCCGUGUUAGUCACCAACGGCACUAUAAACUGGCCCAUCAUGACUACAGACGCCCCUCUCGCCGAUCCAAACGCCAACCGCGCCUAUCUUGUCUACGUUCCUUCUCUCGUCUUCGUUAUACUCUGCCCACUAUUUGUUGGCCUUCGUCUAUGGGCGCGCCAGGCCAAGAGAGUUGGAUUUGGGGCCGAUGAUUACACCGCUAUUGCAGCGCUGGUUGCUGGCCAGUUGCUCAAUGGCUUCUUGGUUGGUGCCUGCCAACAUGGCAUGGGACGACACUUUACAACCCUCACACACAGCCAACAAACCCAAUCCAUGACUUUCUUCUACAUGGCGCAAAUCGUCUACAAACUUGCCAUUAACCUCUCCAAAAUCAGCAUCGUCCUUCUCUACCUUCGCAUCUUCCAGCUCGUCAAGUGGUUCCGCAUCACUUGCUGGGCCCUCCUCGGCGCCAUUUCAGCAUACUGUGUCGCCUCGGUCAUCGCUACCGCUCUUCAGUGCAGCCCCAUCUCCCGCGCCAUGGAUAAGUCGAUACCAGGAACAUGCAUCAACAUGGCCACCUUUUGGUAUGCCAACGCAGCCUUCUCCAUUAGCACCGAUGUUAUCCUCCUUCUCAUCCCGACCCCUCUCAUCUAUCGACUGGAAAUCACUGCAUGGUAUAAACUGGCCUUGGUCGGCUGUUUUGCUGUUGGUGUGUUUGGUGUCGUGACGUCGUGUCUCCGCCUCACGUCUCUUAACGUUCUGGCCACCUCGGUAGAUCAGACGUGGGACAUUACCAAUGUCAUGUGGACUAUUAUUGAGCCCAACACGGCCAUCAUCUGCGGCUGUCUGCCCAUUCUGCGCUCGCUGGUGGGAAGAGUCGUCCCAGCCCUGCGAACGCAGAACAAGUUUUCAUACGACAACAACUCAAGCCAGCACUCACAGGCGCGUAUUCCCACGCACGGCCAUUCACGAGACAAGUCUGGCUGGGAAGAGUUGGGCGGUAACCACGCCGACGCCUUCCACAUGAAGUCGGUACACAGGUCAGGCUCUAAGCACGGCAGCGACGAGCAGAUCAACAGAUACACAAACAAGGAGAUUCACAGAACAGUGGAGUACACGGUACGCUACUCUGAGGCGAAUGAGGACCAUUGAAAAUAGGCGGGCGGAUGUGUGUAUGUAUAUAGCAGCGAUGAGUUUAUUUGUACAAAAGAAUUAUGCAAUAGAGCUCACAAAAGAGCUCUCUAUGAAUCGAAAAAACCCUUGUUUUAUCCUUGCAAA